AUGGGCUCAGAGGAGCGCACUUCAGUCAUGUCGCAGAAGAUCUCUUUAUCACGCAGCAACAGCAGCUCCUCAUCCAAACAUGACAGUCGGCAGGACAGCUGGGAAAUUGUUGAAGGUCUACGUGGUGGCUUUAGCAGUGUCAUAGAACCGCAGAAACAGGAAAGCUAUGUGCUGAAGAAAAGAAAAUGGCCCCUGAAGGGCUGGCAUAAGAGAUACUUUUCCCUGGACAAGGGCAUCCUGAAGUAUGGCAAGAGCAAUGCUGAUAUUGAGAAGGGGAAGCUUCAUGGCUGCAUUGAUGUGGGGCUCUCCGUUAUGGCCAUUAAGAAGAAAGCCAAGUGUAUCGAUCUUGAUGCUGAGGAGAACAUCUAUCACCUGAAGAUCAAGUCACAGGAGCUGUUUGAUGAAUGGGUGUCCAAGCUACGUCACCACCGGGUCUAUCGGCAAAAUGAGAUUGCCAUGUGUCACAAUGAGAAGUCCUUCCACUUCCCCCACUACCCCUCCCCCACAUCCCCCAGCUUUGCUGACAGCGCUCCAAUUAGAAAGUGCGUGCCUUUACGUCGGCAGUCCACAGUGCAUUCGGCAGGAACUUUGUCUUUCAGCUGCAACAGUCAAGCCAAGGUAACAGCCUGGCUGCAGUCGUCCGACGAAAUGGAUAAGUGCUCCAAAGACUUGUCAGUUUGUGAAGCGUACCUCCUUGAGCUAAGCCACCUUCUUCAGAGCAUGGAGGUCCUCCAUCGUACCUAUUCUGCGCCCUCCAUCCAGGCUCUUCAGGCAUCCACAUUUGACAGCCCUAAGAAGGAAAAGAGGCUUCCGAGGAAGUGGCGCACAAAGAAUUACAACAAAGAUGUCAAAACAACUCUGCAAGUUCCAAGCUGCAUCUCCGGUUCAGUCCGCCUGCAUGCCUCGAACCCCAACCUCUCCACUGCAGCACUUGCCAAUGAUAAAACCGACCAGGAGUGUUUAGAUUCUCCUUUUGAUGUGGCCAAGCUGCAGGAGGACUUCUGCCGUGUCGCAAAUAACUUGCACACCACCAUGAAGUCAGCCCUGAGUUCACUAACGUCAGAGAAGGAGCGAUUAAAGCAAUGUAUGGACCAAGACUCCUGUCCCCCCACUUCCCCGCAGGUGGUGGGUUUGAAGAAUGCGCUGACAACGGCUCUCGCCCAGAACUCAGAGCUGCGUGAGCGUCUGUGCAAGAUUCACGCAGAGUCUCACAUCGUAGAACCAACACUACUCAAUCUCACUGCCUCUGUGCAGAAACAAGAGGAGGCUGCAUGUGAAUCUCGUUCUUUGGUGCAUCAAGAAUCCAAUGAAAGCAGAGCAUCCAUCACAGAGUCGCUGUCUGAGUUUUUUGACGCACAGGAGGUUCUGUUGUCCAAUAGUUCCUCCGAAAAUGAGGUUUCAGAGGAUGACUCGUACAUCAGCGACGUUAGUGACAACAUUUCCAUGGACAACUUCAAUAAUGAAACAGAAAAUAUCAGGCCAAACUCAGGUAACCUGCAGGUAGAAAAGCACAGUUCAGUCCUGAACCGCCGUAGAUCUCGUCUGCCUUCACCGAGCCCCAGUGGCAGCACCAUCAGCCUGUGGAACAUCCUCAAGAACAACAUCGGCAAAGACCUGUCCAAAGUGGCCAUGCCGGUGCACCUCAACGAGCCGCUUAACACCCUGCAGAGGUUGUGUGAGGAGCUGGAGUACAGUGAACUGCUCGACCAGGCUGCCAGUACACACGAUCCAUUGGAACGCAUGGUUUUCAUUGCUACAUUUGUGGUAUCGGGUUACGCAUCCAGCUUCUACAGAACAGGCGGAAAGCCUUUCAAUCCCGUCCUGGGAGAGACUUAUGAAUGUGAUCGGCCAGAUAAAGGUUUCCAGUUCAUAGCAGAGCAGGUCAGCCAUCAUCCACCAAUCUCAGCUUGCCAUGCUCAGUCUAAAAACUUUAUCUACUGGCAAGAUGUGAGGUGUAAGAACAAGUUUUGGGGGAAAUCGAUGGAGAUUGUGCCUGUAGGCAGUACACACAUUACUCUGCCUGGGUCUGGAGACCAUUACGAGUGGAACAAGGUGACGUCAUGCAUUCACAACAUUCUGAGCGGACAGCGCUGGAUUGAGCAUUACGGCGAGAUCACUAUCAGAAGCUCCAGCAGCGACGCCUUUCAGUGCAAGAUCACGUUUGUUAAGGCCAAAUGGAACUCAAGUGUGAAUGAGGUGGAAGGGAUCAUCACAGAUCAGAAGGGGAAUGUUCUCCGGAGGCUCUUUGGGAAGUGGCACGAAGCAGUUUACUGCGGGGACCCGCCCUCCGCAACAUGCGUCUGGAGAGCAAAUGCCAUGCCACUAGAUCACGAGCAGUACUACGGCUUCACUAAGUUUGCCAUUGAGUUGAACGAGCUGGACACUUCCCUCAAACCACUGCUGCCACAAACUGACACCAGAUUCCGUGUGGACCAAAGAUUUCUGGAGGAGGGGAAGCUCGAGGCUGCUGAGGAGCAGAAGCAAAAGAUUGAACAGCUGCAGAGAGAAAGACGACGAGUCCUUGAGGAGAGCAACGGCACACAUCAGCCCAAAUUCUUCAGGAAGUCACAGGACGACACGUGGGUGAGCAACGACACUUACUGGGAGUUGAGGAGCAAUCCUGGCUUCGCCCACUUAGAUUUUCCGACAUUAUGGUGA